AUGCUGCACAACGUUGGGUCAAAGAUUGAGGAGAUCAAAGGCCGCAUCUCUCAACUGAGGGUGAACCUAGAAAUAUAUGGCAUAAGGAGAUUGAAGGAAGAAGAAGGGCCGAGCUAUUCUGACAGGGUUGUGACCAACUUAUUACGCCGCAGUUUCUCUCACUCCAUCAACCAUAAUGUUGUUGGUUUGGUGGAAGCUGCCAAGACAUUAGCGACUGAGCUUGUGAAGCCAGGAAACUCCGGCAGUCGAGUGGUUUCGAUAUGUGGAAUGGGAGGGUUGGGCAAGACCACUCUGGCUAGGAAGGUUUACCAUCAUGAUGAAGUUAGGGAUCAUUUUUCUCACUUCAUUUGGGUGUGCGUAUCUCAACAAUAUCAAACAAGAGACAUUUGGGAGCAAAUUCUGUUUAAACUUUCGUCCCCUGGCGAAAAGGAGAGAGAGAAGAUCGCAAAGAUGAAAGAUGAUGAGGUAGCUAAAGAACUUUUUGUGCUACUUCAAAAGAUGAGAAGCUUGGUGGUUCUUGAUGACAUCUGGGAUGCGAAUGCGUGGUCAUUGCUAAGUGCUGGGUUUCCAACUCAAGACAAGGACACAGAAACCAAAGUGCUAAUUACAUCGCGCAACAAAAGUGUAGCAUAUCGAGCAGAUCCGAGAGGUUUCCUCUAUGAACCAUCCUGUCUAAAUGAUGAAGAUAGCUGGGAACUGUUCCAUAAGGUAGCAAUUUUUCAAAGAGUGCAAGCAUAUGGAGGUAACGCCAACAUCUCAUCCUAG